CAGAGGCAGCCUGGGUGGGGGAGGGGCGCGCAGGAGGACCGUGCGCAAACCGCGUGUGGCGCAGGGGAGAGGAGGAACGGAAAAUAAACCGCGGCGAGUCACGUAGCUACGUUUUCAGCUCACAUACUGUGGAAAUGAGCAGCAACGAGUGCUUCAAGUGUGGGCGCACAGGCCACUGGGCCCGUGAAUGCCCCACCGGAGGUGGCGGUGGUGGAGGUGGAGGACGUGGUGGUCGUGGGGGUAGGAGCCGCGGAAGAGCCGGAUACAGUUCUGCAAGAGACAUCUGUUAUCGCUGUGGAGAAUCGGGCCAUGUUGCUAAGGACUGUGAACUUCAGGAGGAUGCUUGCUACAACUGUGGCAAAGGUGGUCACAUUGCCAAGGAUUGCAAGGAGCCAAAGAAGGAGCGGGAGCAGUUAUGCUACAACUGCGGCAAACCAGGGCAUCUGGCCCGUGACUGCGACCAUGCAGAUGAGCAGAAAUGCUAUUCUUGUGGAGAGUUUGGGCACAUCCAGAAAGACUGCACCAAAGUGAAGUGCUACAGGUGUGGUGAAACCGGUCACGUUGCCAUCAACUGCAGCAAGACAAGUGAAGUCAACUGCUACCGCUGUGGCGAGUCUGGGCACCUGGCAAGAGAAUGCACUAUCGAGGCUACAGCUUAAUCCUUUUCCUUUGUCGCCCCUCCUUUUUCUGAUUGAUGGUUGCAUUAUUUUCUCUGAAUCCUCUUCACUGGUCCAAGGUUGGCAGAUAGAGGCUAGUCCCAGGCCAGUGAGCUUUACUUGACAUGUAAAAUGAGGAAAGGGGUGGGGAAAAAAAUCGACUUUCUGCAUUUAAUACAAAAUGUUUAUGUUUAGUUUGGUAGAGGUGUUAUGUAUAAUGCUUUGUUAAAGAACCCCCUUUCCAUGCCACUGGUGAAAUAGGGAUUCAUGAGUGUAAAGAGAUGUCAGAUAAAAACCCUCUCAGUUCUUGGAAGUGAUCCUGUGUGAGAGGGAAAAAAUCAGUCUUGGAAGUUUCUGAGAAAACUUCCACAUAUGAUUUAAUUUUUUUUUUUUGUGGUGAAAAAUAAAUGUUUGGCCUUGGAAUGUUUGACCUCUGAAGCAGUUCACAACAUGAGUUACAUCAAGUUUCGGGCCCUAAAAGCAGUACACAGCUAAGUGGGAGCUAACUGAAUAGGAAAAGUAUAAAUAACCUGUUUAAUUUCAGGAGAAAAAAAUCAGGAUAAAUUGUUUUAUAAAAGCAAGCCGCUCGCAGUAAUCGUGUCGGUAUUGGAGCCACAGAUUAGGUCAUGGUUUCGGUCUCAAUUUUCAAAGUAGUUUAGAUGAAUAAACCCUGCGGGGGGGGGGGGGGGGGGGGGAAAUUCAAGAACAGAAAGCAGCAUUUGAAGUUAUGAGUAAGAAUGUGUUUUCACAGAAAUCAAAAUGUUAUUUUUGUACAAUAUAUCAAUUAGACUACUGUAAAAAAAAAAAAAAAAAUAUCAUUUGCUUGUACUCAGUUUUAAGUCGGAAGGUAAAUGCAACUGAAGUCCUAGAACAUAGAAAUGUAAUUUUAAACUAUCAAUAAAGCUGGAGGAGAAAGGGGAGAAAGACUAA